ACGUGGUAGGAAGACUAGAGCCCAGCCUUCUACGGCAAGUCGAAGGCAGCAAGAUGGCCGCAGCGGAGGGAGAGAGCGCAUUGGGCACGGACCCGGAGAUGGACGAGCUUUUGGAAAGUGCGCUUGAUGAUUUCGAUAAAGCCAAACCCUCCCCAGCAUCCCCUCCUAUCACCACGGCCCCUGAUGCUUCAGGUUCCCAGAAGAGAUCGCCUGCAGACACAGCUAAAGAUGCCCUCUUUGCCUCCCAAGAGUUCUUCCAAGAACUGUUUGACAGUGAGCUAGCAUGCCAGGCCACUGCAGAGUUUGAGAAGGCUAUGAAGGAGCUGGCUGAGGAGGAGCCCCACCUGGUAGAACAGUUCCAGAAACUCUCCGAGGCAGCAGGGAGAGUGGGCAGUGAUACAACAUCCCAACAAGAGUUUGCUUCCUGCCUGAAGGAAACACUCAGUGGACUAGCAAAGAAUGCCACUGACCUUCAGAACUCUAGCAUGUCUGAAGAGGAGCUGACCAAGGCCAUGGAGGGGCUGGGCAUGGAAGAAGGGGAAGGAGAAGGCAAUAUACUCCCCAUUAUGCAGAGCAUUAUGCAGAACCUGUUAUCUAAGGAUGUACUAUAUCCAUCACUAAAAGAAAUCACAGAAAAAUACCCAGAGUGGUUGCAGAGCCACCGUGAAGCACUGCCCCCAGAACAAUUUGAGAAAUAUCAAGAACAGCACAAUGUAAUGGGCAAGAUUUGUGAACAGUUUGAAAAAGAGACAGCAGCAGACAGUGAGGCCACACAGAAGGCCCGCUUCGAGAUGGUGCUAGAUCUCAUGCAGCAGCUUCAGGAUUUGGGCCAUCCCCCAAAGGAGCUUGCAGGGGAAACACCCCCUGGCUUCAACUUUGACCUUGACACCUUGAAUCUGUCGGGCCCUGCAAGUGCCAGUGGAGAGCAGUGUCUAAUCAUGUGAAAUUCUUCACCGUUCCUUUUCCCAUCCCCAGCCAUGAGUGAACACCUGAAGUCAGCAGAGUCAUUAAGGGGCUGGGAGGGGUGGUGAUGCUGUGGAGAAAUUGCUUGCCUGUCCCAUUUGUCUUCUGUCCCCAUUCCACUUCCUUCCCCAGCUCUUACUCCAAGACUACUCCACACCAGCACAGGUCCCUCUGUAGCCUUUGAGGCUGUUGUUUCUUUCUGGGAAUGGGACCUAUUAUUCAAAUUGCUCUCAUCAAGUCUUUUACCCCACCCCCAGUUUUCUGCUGUUAGUGAAAGUACCUCUCUCUCCCUACUUAAGGUCUUUAUGGACCAUGUCUCCUUGCCUCUCUUCCCCUACCUAACCAUAAUAUUGAGUGUGUACCUGCAUUGAUGCUUCCUCCUCUGACUCCCAGGGUCUAUGUGCCUUGUUCCCUAUUCCCUUUUGAGUCUGGGUGCUGUGCCAGCUCUGAGCAUGGGGCUAGGGGAAAUCCUUGGCUCUGAACACUGAUCCUUGGGUAUUUGAUCCCUCAGGGCAAAAACUUUCAUCAGAGAGGAACUGGAGAAGGGACAUUUUGCAUAUCCUGGUGAGAAUAGGGUCUUUUCUGGUCUUUGCCAGCCAUGUGUCCUUUCCCUUAGGUGUACAUAUACUGUUGUAUCCUCUGAGGACGAGAGGUGUGAGCUCUUGAGUUCUGCUUUCCUAAAUUAAUAAGAUGCCUCUGUUCCUGGUCCAAUCUGAGAAGCCAAAUGUUAUCUUGAAUAUUCCACAGUGCUGUUUCUUGUAUACCCCCCCCCCUUUUUCUCAUUCAGGUAUGAUUCCUAGCAAAUAUAUACACAGAGUUGGGGAGGGGAGAGAGGGUUCUCUCCCUGUUUUGGGGCACUUUUGAGACUUCGAUCCCCUCAACAUCCUAAACCUUGAUUCAUGGCAGGGACUUGGGAGAGGGCUGGUAGCUCGUCCUCCCCCAACCCUUCCUAGUCCCCUGUGCCUUGGCUGAUGUCUAAUAAACAUCCUGAGCUAGGCUGUUGGGAGUGUGGCCCAUUUCUUGGGUGGCAUAAGCUCCUACAGGCUAAGGGUAGAGCAGGGUAAAUCCUUAUAAAAGCUUGGUUCUGAAACCAGCUGCUCAGAGGCAAUGCUCCCCCCCCCUUCCCCAAGUUCAGGCUAAAAUAUCUGCCUAUUUCUUAAAGAUUUCAGCAAAAGGUUUUGAGGUUUCUAAUUUUUCACUAACAUCAUUCUGCUUAAUAUUUCAAAUUUAUUAUUGAAUGUUAAAUCAUUUCUCUUAGCUGCCCUUUCUUCUCCCCAGCCCUAGAUCUGAGAGCCAUUGAUAUUGUGGGCCUUUGCUUACCUUAUAACGUAAGCACUACACUCGUAUCAGCCCCCCCUGGAUUAAGUAUUAUGAAGACAGCUAACAUUAAGAUGAAUUUGGUCUUGGUUUAAAGUCAAAUAUAGUUCACUAAAAUAUGAGAAUUUUUAGGCACCUCUGAGCUCACCAUAGGUAAACAGCAUGACAUGGUAGCUUAAAAAACAAAACAUUUUCUGCUAAUUAAAUUUACUUAAGUGCCUAUUAUGUAUUAGGCAAAUAUGAAAA